AUGGAUGUUGAGGAACUUAUCCCUGGUCGAGAGAAUAGCAAAGGAAAGGAAGACUCUGAAAUUCUUGGAAGGGAAAUUGGUUCUCUUAACUGCAAUCUGACGGUGACUGGUUCUCUAAACAACUGUAAUGAUAUGAGUGGUUCUCUUAACUGCAAUCUGACGGUGACUGGUUCUCUAAACAACUGUAAUGAUAUGAGUGGUUCUCUUAACUGCAAUCUGACGGUGACUGGUUCUCUAAACAACUGUAAUGAUAUGAGUGGUUCUCUUAACUGCAAUCUGACGGUGACUGGUUCUCUAAACAACUGUAAUGAUAUGAGUGGUUCUCUUAACUGCAAUCUGACGGUGACUGGUUCUCUAAACAACUGUAAUGAUAUGAGUGGUUCUCUUAACUGCAAUCUGACGGUGACUGGUUCUCUAAACAACUGUAAUGAUAUGAGUGGUUCUCUUAACUGCAAUCUGACGGUGACUGGUUCUCUAAACAACUGUAAUGAUAUGACUGGUUCUCUAAACUGCAUUCUGACGGUGACUGGUUCUCUAAACAACUACAGUGGCUUAAGUGGUUCUCUUAAUAUCCGUAAUCAUAUGAGUAGUUCUUCAAACAACCGUACUGGUGGUGAUUUAUCUUCUAAACGAUCUUAA